AUGCUCCGCUGCGACGACCCAACCUGCACCUGCCAACCAGCCCCUCCCAAACCCAACCGCCAAAUCCAACUAACCCUCCACGACGCCUCCACCUCCAAAACAAUCGCAAUCCACCACGCCGACGCAGACCUCGAUAUCACUUUUGACAUUAUCAAUAAGAGGCUCGUUCUGCAGGAGACUAUCUAUCGUGUUCUUUCUAAUACGCCUUCUUCUACUUGUGGUGGCAAUGGUGGUGGGAAAGAGAUCAAUACUUCGCGGACUCCGCUUCCGAAAAGGCCUGUUUCGUGGACGUUUACUAUGAAUUUCCCGAUAUCUACUACCAGCAACACCAAGAACGGCACCAAGGGCAACACUAAGAGCAAAAUCAAGAAUAAGAACAAGAACAAGAGCAGCAACAACAGCAGCGGCGGCACCACCCUCCACUUCGCCAACCUCAUCGGUCUAAACGACAACUCCCUCCUCCUAACCCUAACCCUCCAGACCACCCCAUCUUCAGGAGAAACAGGAACAGGAGGAAAAGUCCCAAAAGUCCACACCAAAGAACGCAUCAACAACUUCAACACAACGCUCGAAAAAAGCAACCUCCAAGAGGGCCUGUACCUCCCUCUUCUGCAUGCUGCCCAACAACACCACCAGCAUCAGCAUCAGCACCAGCAGAAAGAGUCCAAGGGAAGAAAAGUACAAAUGCAGAUAAUGCUCCCCGCAGAAAGACUCCACAGCUGGCGAACAGUCGCUCUCAUCGUGAGAACCUUCCGCAGGGUCUCCGCCGAGCAGUGGUGUCAGCUGAUACAUCUGAAGCCGGAGCCUAGGCCGCCUGGGCUGGGCGGGUUGGAUUGGAGGGGAGUGGAGGAUUUGGUUUUGGCUUCUUCUGUUUCUUCUGGUUCUUCUUCUUCUCUAAGUGGGGAUUGGGGUGGGGAGGGAGAUCGGGAUGGAAGAAAGGAGAAGAUGACUACGAGGAAGAAAAAGAAGGAACCUAACAAGAAGAAGAAGAAGACCGUGGAGAAGAAGGCAGAGAAGAAGAAAAUACCAUGGGGAGAGCAAAAGAAAGAAGAACGUCUUCCAGAAGACGUAGAUGAUCCUGUCAUUGGUGUCGGCGAUUACAUUAUCUUUCGGGAGCUGUAUACUUGGUGA